AUGGCUCGUGACAUUCUGCAUAUUUGGGAACAGUCUUACGAUCUUACCCACGAGGAGACUGGGUGUUUGGUUCUCUGUGCAAUGGUGAGGUUACAUCUCCUGGACCAGCAGGGAGACAUGGUCGAGGAAAACGCGGAGGGAUUUAUAAGAGCUAACGGCGGAGAUGACUCGGUAGUGUCGUUCCUCGUACAACUCUAUACCAUGUGUCGUGAGAAGACGUCAUCUAUUGUUAAGGGAUGUAAGGCUGCUCUUGAGUUAUCCAAGUGCUUCCGAGCUGCCAUCCAACAAAUAGGCUGGGUACCGGACACAACCUCCCUCUUGGUCGAAUCAAAUGAUUAA